AUGUUACAGCAUCGUACUGAAGAAAUCAAUGUGGAUCUUGAUUCUGACAAUGCUAUUAUGGUCGAUAUCUCUGAUGCUCUUUCCGAGAGAGAUAAGGUGAAGUACACAGUACAUACGAAGACUCGUCUACAAGGCAUGCGUGCCGAGACAUCAGUUGUGCGGGAGCAUGAGGAAUUCCUAUGGCUUCAUAGUGUGUUGGAUGAAAACGAAAGCUAUGCAGGUUUCAUUGUCCCACCAGCUCCUCCUCGUCCUGAUUUCGACUCGUCGCGAGAGAAGCUGCAGAAGCUUGGUGAAGGAGAGGCGACCAUGACGAAGGAGGAGUUUUUGAAAAUGAAGCAAGAGCUCGAACAGAUUCACUAG